AUGACGGUGGAGGUGGUGGUGGAGAUGAUGGAGCUCUCACGGGGCUCGGCGGGAUACGUGGCCCGGGCUCUGCUGGAAGAUGGGACCUUCGAGGUUCGCGCGGCGACGGAGAGCCCCACGAAGAAGGAGGCCGAGGAGCUGACCGAGGAUCAGGACGAUGAGCCAUCGCUGGAGGUGGCCGUGGCGGGUGCUUACGGAGCCCUUGUUGUAACCAACGUCUGGGAGCACUGCAGCAAAGAGGAAGAAAUCGCGCAGGGAAAGCGGCUUGCUGACCUGCCAAAGCGCCUCGGUCUGCACCAUAUCGUGUAUAGCAGCCUGGAGAACGUGAAGCAGCUGAUGGGGGGCCGGCUGGAGGUGUUCCACUUCGAUGGCAAAGGCGCGGUGGAGGAGUACUUCCAGGAAGUUGGUGUUCCCACCAUGACCAUCUGAUUGCCGUUCUACUUCAAGAACUUCCUCUCCAUCUUCAAGCCGCAGAAGGUCCCGCAGGGAGAUACCUUUGUCCAGGCGCUGCCCGCGGGGGUCACCCCCAUGGGGAUGGCGGUGGAGGACGUUGGGCCUGUUGUGCUUUGCUUGCUGAAGUUCCCGGAGGAGUGCAUAAGCCAAGUGAUCGAGCUCAGCACCGGCAAGCUCACCGAGGCAGAGUACGCCGCUGUCCUCUCCCAGCAGACGGGCAAGACCGUGGAAGCCAGCAAGAUCGCACCAGAGGCGUAUGAGCAACGUGGCUCUGCUGGGGCCAAGGAAACGGCCGCUAGGUUCCGUUUCUACACCCUGCAGCCAGACCACAACGUGGACCUGACCAUGAAACUCACCCCCAAGGCCCACACCUUCUGCCAGUGGGCGGCAGACGAUAAAGCCGCCUUCUGA